CUCACAGGUUUCUGUUUUACAGGGAAGUUUUCAAAGCCAAACAUCGUCAGACAGGCAAGAAAGUAGCACUGAAAAAGGUGUUGAUGGAAAAUGAGAAGGAGGGGUUCCCCAUCACAGCCUUGCGGGAGAUUAAAAUCCUCCAGCUGCUGAAACAUGAGAACGUGGUGAACCUCAUAGAAAUCUGCAGGACCAAAGCCUCUCCGUACAACCGCUGCAAGGGCAGCAUCUACCUCGUGUUUGACUUCUGUGAGCACGACCUGGCUGGGCUCCUCAGCAACGCUCACGUCAAGUUCACGCUCUCGGAGAUCAAGAAGGUCAUGCAGAUGCUCUUGAACGGACUUUACUACAUCCACAGGAACAAGAUCCUGCAUCGCGACAUGAAAGCCGCCAACGUCCUCAUCACGCGGGACGGGGUCCUGAAGCUGGCGGACUUCGGGCUGGCCCGAGCCUUCAGCCUGGCCAAGAACAGCCAGCCCAACCGCUACACCAACCGGGUGGUGACGCUGUGGUACCGGCCGCCAGAGCUGCUCCUAGGGGAGCGGGACUACGGUCCCCCCAUUGACCUCUGGGGCGCAGGCUGCAUCAUGGCAGAGAUGUGGACCCGCAGCCCCAUCAUGCAGGGGAACACGGAGCAGCACCAGCUCACCCUCAUCAGCCAGCUCUGCGGAUCCAUCACGCCCGAGGUUUGGCCCAACGUGGACAAAUACGAGCUGUUCCAGAAGCUGGAUCUCCCCAAGGGGCAGAAGCGGAAGGUGAAGGACCGCCUCAAGGCCUACGUGAAGGACCCCUACGCACUCGACCUCAUCGACAAGCUGCUGGUGCUGGACCCCGCCCAGCGCAUCGACAGCGACGACGCGCUCAACCACGACUUCUUCUGGUCGGACCCCAUGCCCUCGGACCUCAAAAACAUGCUGUCCACUCACAACCAGUCCAUGUUCGAGUACCUGGCCCCGCCGCGCAGGAGGGGCGGGCACAUGCCCCAGCAGCCAGCUAACCAAGGCAGGAACCCGGCCGCCACCAACCAGACGGAAUUCGACAGGGUGUUCUGAGCGGGAGCUUCCCCAGCGGGGC